UACCGACAGAAAAAAACAAAAACCCGGAGACGUUCAAUUAAAUUUCUCCCACUUUUCCUGAGAGAGUUUUCACCGGGACCCCCCGUCCUCCCUCCAUCAUGGUUCUGUCUUCGGGAAACAAGCUGCGGCUCUUCCAGCUGCAGUUCUCCGACCCGGGCCGCUCCUUCUACUGCAGCGGAGACAAGCUGUCCGGCUCCGUGGUGCUGGAGGCGGCGCAGCCCUGCCGGCUGGCCGGCCUCACCGUAACCGCCGCCGGCUGCGCCGUGGUGGAGCCCCGCGGGGGCUCGAGCCGCAAGAGCCGCCGCCAGCAGGUGGAGUACCUGAAGUACGAGGAGGAGGUGCGGCUGGAGGAGGAGCUGAGCCAAGACUCUGACGGCUCCUUCUUGCUUCCUGCUGACAAAACCUUCCACUUCCUGUUCGGAUUCGAGCUGCCACCUCCAGGUCGCCUGGUGUCGUCUUACAAAGGAAAGUUCGGUUCGGUGCGUUACUACGUGCGGGCUGAGCUUCUGCGGCCUUCCCAGCAUCCUUUGCAUUGUGAGCGGGAGUUUGAGGUGGAGGAGCCGCUGGACGUGAACAGACCCGACCUGCUGGCCCCGGCGGCGGCCUCCGUUCAGAAGAAGGUCACCUGCAUGUUCAUCCCUGACGGCCAGGUGUCCAUCAGCGCACAGAUCGAGAGGAAGGGCUUCUGCGAGGGCGAAGACAUCAGCAUCAACGCCAAAUUCGAGAAUACAUGUUCCCGUAUUGUGAUACCGAAGGCUGCCAUCAUUGCCCGCCACUCCUACGUGUCAGACGGCCGCACCAAGGUGUCGCGUCAAAAGCUGUCGGCCGUGAGAGGAAACCACAUCAUCUCUGGGAUGUGCGACAUGUGGCAGGGAAAGAUCAUCCGGGUGCCCAAGCUGCGGCCCACUCUGCUGGGCUGUGACAUUAUCAGAGUGGACUAUUCCCUCGCGAUCUACCUGCACAUCCCUGGCAGUGAAAAAGUGAUCCUGGAGCUUCCCUUCGUGAUCGGCACCGUGCCGUACGGCGGCGUGGGCAGCAGGACCAACAGCAUGAGCAGCCAGGCGGGGUCCUCCAGCAGCUGGGCCUCCUUCCCCUCAGCCCCACCCAGCUACAGCAACAUCCACAGCGACCUGCGCAUAGACGGCCCAUGCACGCCACUGCUGUUUGAUUACGAUGGCGGUGAGGACGGCGAGGACGAGGAGGAAGGCGGCCUCUUCAUGAAAGCACCCCAAGGUUCCUACCCGCCUCCGCCCGCCUACAGCGAGCAGGUGAACCAGGGCUCCGCAGACCCUCCUCAGCUGGUUCAGGUCUUCUGAGGAUGCUGUCCAACCUCCAGGAACGGAACCUGAGCUCAGCAUGAAAAUGUCGACUCACCUGCUGGUGACCUGAAGUCGCCACUCAGAAAUGUUCAGUCAGUAACUCGGCAGAUUUCUGCCGGAGGCUCAGUGGUCUUCUGUCAGUAAAUCAUCGUUUUUCUGUCAGUUACUCAGUAGUUUUCUUCAAGUAAGGCAGAAGUUUUCUGUCAGUGACUCAGCAAUUAUUUUUUUUUGUGAGUGACUUGACAUACGUUGGCACUUUUUAGUUGUGUAGAUGACACUAUAAGAGUAAAAUAUUUUUUUAAUGUAUUUGUUGAUUAUUACGUGUUUUUUUUUACUGGAUAACAAGA